UUCAAUUUUUAAAGAGUUCACUUGUGUACACGAUGUCGGAUGUAGUUAAAAUCAUGACAAAAUAGAUCUAUUUUGUCACAGAUAAAAUUACUUUAUUUAUUUCGUGCUUGUAAAUUACCACAAGUUCGUUUUAAGUGAUAAUUUUAAAGUUAACUGAAAAAUUGGAAGAAUUAUUUUUGGUGGAUUGUGGACUACAGUUUCUAAACUUCAUUAUUUUGUUAAAAAUCAGUUAAAACGUUGAUUUAGGUUGUCGAAUGUAUUAAUAAUGACAUCGUGUUUAGAUAAUAAUGAAGACAUGAACGUCCUAAACAAUGAUGAAGAAAUAAGUCGAUUAUCGGCCGAGAUAGCACUUUUAAAUAUUGAAUUGAAUAAAAAAACUGCAUUGUUGAAAAAAAGACAGAAGCAAUGUUUGACUAAACUUGACAUUAGCCGUUAUAGCAGACAAAUCAUUUUACCAGAAAUUGGUGUUGAAGGACAAAAAAAAUUAAAAAGAUCAAGUGUUCUUAUAAUUGGCGUUGGUGGCUUAGGAUGUCCAUCAUCAAUGUAUUUAGCAAGUGCUGGAGUGGGUACAAUCGGGCUAGUAGACUAUGAUGAAGUUGAACUUAGUAAUUUGCAUAGACAGUUGUUGCAUGCACAGUGCAAUGUUGGUAUGCGAAAAGUUGAGUCUGGCAAAUUGUCAUUAAAUCGUAUGAAUGAAGAUGUCAACAUUAUUGUCCAUGAUGUUCAAUUAGACGGUCAUAAUUCAUUGGAUAUUUUUAAACAGUAUGAUGUAAUUAUAGAUGCUAGUGAUAAUUUAGUUACUCGAUAUAUAAUUAAUGAUACUUGUGUAAAAGCUGGCAAACCUUUAGUCUCGGGAUCAGCUAUACAUUGUGAUGGGCAACUGACUGUUUAUAACUACAAAGGAUCAGUAUGCUUUAGAUGUUUACAUCCAACACCACAAUCCCCUGAAACUGUAGGAAAUUGUGCUUCAGCGGGUGUUUUGGGACCAGUUCCUGGUGUUAUUGGUGUUCUUCAAGCAAUGGAAACUAUCAAAAUUAUUGUUGAUCAUCCAAAUGUAUUACACAACAGUUUACUGUUGUACGAUGGAGGAGAUUGUGAGUUUAAAAAAAUUAAAUUAACUAACAUAAAACGAAGUGGAUGUAUAUGUACUAAAAAUCCAGAAGAUGUAACAAUAACCAUGGAUUAUGAAGAAUUUUGUGGAUCAAAAGCAAAUGAUAAAUUCAAAGUGCUUAAUUUGCUGAAAGAAAAUGAACGCAUAACAGUUUUAGAUUUAAAUGAAUUGAUAUCUACAAAAAAUCCAUUUCUGAUGAUAGAUGUACGUAAAAAAGUAGAAUAUGACAUGUGUCAUUUACCAUUCUCGAUAAAUAUUCAGCUAAGUGAUUUAAAAAGUAAAGAUACACGUUCUAAGUUGAUUGAAAAAAUCAAUUCAUUUGGUAAUAUAGCACCAAAUUUAAUUACUAUUUGUCGUCGAGGUAACGACUCUCAGAGAGCUGUAGAUGAGUUGAAAAAAUACACUGAGAUAACAAACAAUGUUAAAUGGAUAAAAGAUGUCAUAGGAGGGUUAUAUGAAUGGAGUAUGCAAGUAGACAAAAACUUCCCAAUAUAUUAAAAAUAAAAUAUUGUAAUAAACUAUAUUGUAAUCAUAUGGCAAAUAUUUUGGUAAUAAAAAAAAUCCCUUUAAGUUUUACACUUGAA